UAAGGUGGCUGCAGAACUCUUCCAGCAGAAACUUUGCUCUCCUCCACCAGCAGCAAAGCUCAGCCCUGCUCACUCUUCCACCGAGGCACAAGCCUGGGAAGCAAUGAAGUAUGGUGCCACAUGAGGUGCCAGCAGGCACUGAAAGGAUUGUACUAUCGAGAGCACCGUGAAGAAGGAAACUUAAAAGAAGCAUUUUCAGGAGAGUCAGCUAACAAGAGUUGAAGAUCCAUGAGGAUCCAUUGAGGACACCAUGAGCGUCACCAGAGUGACUGAAGGAUUACUGGCAGUCCUAGCAGUAUUUCUGCAUGCAGCCAUCUGCAAUGGGAGUCCACAAAAAGGCUAUUCACCUUUAAGCUUCACGCAUCACCUUUACAAUGCUACAAUAUAUGAGAAUACUGCCCCUAAGACCUACAUUGAGAGUAGCAUCAAAAUGGGCAUCUACAUUACAGAUCCUCUCUGGAGCAUAAAAUACAAAUUGGUCUCUGGGGACGAUGACAGCCUGUUCAAGAUUGAGGAUUACACAGUCGGGGAUUUCUCCUUUCUGAGGAUAAGGACUCGGAGUGGGAAUACAGCCUCACUAAACAGGGAGGUGAGGGACAGCUACAUGCUGACCAUUGAGAGCAGUGAGAGCACCUACGAGUAUGAAGCCAGAACUAAGGUUGUGAUUCGUGUAUUGGAUGCUAAUGACCUGAAACCCCUUUUCUCCCCUGCCUCGUACAGUGUCAUUGUUAAAGAAGACACUCCCUUGAAAUCCAGCGUGGCGAAGGUUAGGGCCACUGAUGCUGAUUUGGGCAGCAAUGCUCAGUUCUACUACUCCUUUACUAGAAGAUCCCAGACGUUUGUCGUCAAUCCUUCCACUGGAGAAAUUGCACUGGCAAAAAUACUCAAUCACACACAAGCCUCAAAAUACGAGCUGGUGGUUCUAGCUGAGGACCGAGUGAAGAAAAUAGCUGGGAUCCGUGGAUACGGGAAUGUUGCCAGGGUUGUAGUCAACGUGGAAAAGGUUACCCCACUGCCACCAGUCAUUAAGUCAGUUGAAGUCGCAACACCUGGAGAGGAUAGGGACCAUUCGUAUGCCUCUGUCGUAACCGAGGCAGGUAGGCAAGGACUGCAAGUUGAAUCCAUGGACAUUGUAGCUGGAGAUCCAUUAAAUCACUUCAAAGUCAUGCCAUCUCCUCUGCAAAGUCAGGUCUACCAAGUGGUCAUGACCAAAAAGGUCAACUGGCUGAGCUACCCCUUUGGUUUUAAUCUUUCUCUUCAAGCAAAAGACAAAAGCAACCCACCUUUAUUUUCUCUCAUAAAGAACAUCCACAUACCUUCUCCAAAGUCUGCAGUCUUGAAGUUUGAGAAAGAAGUCUACCACGUAAUGUUAAGCGAGUUUUCUCCUCCUAAGAGCCCUGUUGUACAAGUUAAGGUGACGCCAAACCAUGCAAACACAAGCUAUCAUUUUGCUUCAAACCAGGACAAUUCCAAAUUUAAGAUCAACCCACGAAGUGGCCUGAUCGUGACCACAGAGAAUAUGGAUUAUGAAAAGACGUCUCAAUUUCAAUUAGAUGUGAUGACCACCCACGGGGAGGCAAAAGCCAGAGUGGUUGUUGAUAUCAUUGACGAAAAUGAUAACGCUCCAAAAUUCAGCCAAUCCUCCUAUAAGGGAACAGUCUCUGAGAAUGAACCCAUUGGCACUAGCAUACUGAGAGUCACUGCUGUAGACAGUGACAAAGGGGAAAAUGGCUUUAUAACCUAUGCCAUUGCCAAUAGAGGUCCCCUGCCAUUCACAAUUCACCCAUUUACAGGAGUCAUCUCCACCUCCGAAAAACUAGAUUACGAAAUGAUGCAAAGGUGGUACCAUCUUCGUAUCUGGGCGUCAGACAGUGGCAUACCUUUCAGCCAUGUGACUGAAUCGUCAGUUUCCAUUAUCAUGAACAAUGUAAAUGAUAAUAUCCCUAUGUUUGAGAAGGUGGGAUGCAAUGUCACCAUCCCACUGAGCCUAUCUCCCGGUGAUCGCUUCGGCAUUAUGUCUGCAGUUGAUUUGGAUGAGCUGCAGCAAGUGAGAUAUGAGAUUGUAUCCGGCAAUGAACUUGAGCUCUUUGAGCUCAAUUCUGUCUCUGGGAUGCUCCUCCUGAAGAAAAGCAUCCCGUUGGCUUACCCUGCUGAUGUGAUGCCUUUGUAUAUCCUUAAAAUAACCGCUACUGAUGGAGAGAACUAUGCUCAGCCAACAGACAUAAACAUCACUGUCAUUGACAAUAGUGAGCCAGCCAGCAUGAACUGUGAGGAUACUGGGGUUUUCAAAAAGCUGGCUGAAAAGCUCAUUCAGUCCAUCAAGCCCAAAUUGCCUUCGCAAGAGGAGGAUACCUUUUCAGACAUCCACAUUAUUAACCAUCAUUCCCCAAUGUUUGAUGCAGCGCUCCCAAGAUCUCUUGACAUUAAAGAAGACACUGCUGUUAAUUCAACAAUUCUGCAGUUUAAAGCUUCAGACCAAGACACUGGAUUUAAUGGGAAGCUGGUGUAUGUCAUCUUUGACGGGAGUGAAGAUGGCACUUUCAUUGUUGACAUGGAUACUGGUGACCUUAAGGUCCACUCUCCUUUAGAUAGGGAAACUACAGGUUUCUACAUUCUUAAUAUCACUGUCUAUGAUUUAGGGACACCUCAGAAGUCAUCUUGGAAGCUCUUAGCCGUGAAUAUAAUAGACGCCAAUGACAACCCACCAAGGUUCAAUCAAUCCAGUUAUUUUUUAACAGUACCAGAAGACGCAGUGGUGGAAACAAGCAUCUUUCAGGUCAAAGCUACUGAUAUUGACUUGGAAGAUAAUGGAAGAAUACAAUAUUCCCUCUUAACAACCACGGAUAGAUUUUCAAUCAAUGAGCUAACAGGGGUAGUAAGGGUAACUAGAUCACUGGACAGAGAGACCUGCCCAACAUAUAAGCUAAAGAUUGAGGCCAGGGAUCAGGCCAGUGCAGAUCCUCAGCUGUUCUCAACUGCAGACCUCCUGGUGGCUGUACAAGACGUCAAUGACAAUCCUCCUAGCUUUGUUCCAAAGAUCUACAAGAUACAGGUUCCUGAGGAUUUGCCAAUAGGAACUGUGGUUUUAUGGGUGGAAGGUAUUGACCCAGAUCUUGGUCCAGCAGGAGAGAUUAUUUACAAUUUGGUGAACAAUGAGAACAGAGCAUUUCAGCUGGAGACCUCCACAGGAGCUCUCAGCGUGGAGAAGGAGCUGGACUUUGAGCAGAAGCCCUUUUACAAUCUUACAGUCCGUGCAGUGGACCACGGAAGGCCACGAGCUCUGUCUUCAUCCUGCUAUGUUGAGGUGGAAGUCUUGGAUGUGAAUGAGAACCUGCACACACCACGCUUCUCUUCAUUCAUCUUUAAAGGAGGAGUAACUGAAGAUGCUUCUGUUGGAACUUCUGUGAUUGCACUGACUGCCCUGGAUGAGGAUUCUGGGAGAGAUGGGGAGGUGCAGUACUUCAUUAAAGAUGGCAGUGGGCUAGGAUUCUUCAGCAUAGAGGAGGAAACAGGGAUAAUCCGGACCGCGGUCACCUUGGACCGGGAGUCCAUCCCUCACUACUGGCUUACGGUUUAUGCGACAGACCUGGGUUCUGUGCCUCUGGUCUCCUGGACUGAGGUUUUCAUUGAAGUAAUGGACGUCAACGAUAACUCUCCAGUGCUAUCCUUGCCUGUUUACUAUGCCUCCGUUCUGGAGAACUCCCCCAAGGACAUGUCCAUUCUACGAGUUGAGGCCAGCGACCCUGAUUUCAGCUCUGAGGGAAAACUUUCUUUUCACAUCACAGAUACCCAGCGCGCGUUUUUCACAAUAAACCCCAAGACAGGUGUGAUCAGCAGCACGGCACUCCUGCUGGAUCGAGAAGAGCGAGAAGAGCACAUCCUAGAGGUUGUAGUGGAUGACAAUGGCAGGCCUCCAUUGCAGUCGACCGCCACUGUUGUCAUCCAGGUGCUGGAUGUGAACGAUCAGACCCCCCGCUUCACCCACAAGCUCUCCACCGUGAGGCUCCCAGCGCGCCAUGGAGUCACGGAGCCAGAAGCGCUAUACAGGAUGAUCGCUCAAGACCAGGACCAGGGUUCGAAUGCUGAGAUCACCUACAGCCUGGCAGAAGACAGCGAGAAAACAAAAUUCACAAUCCACCCUGACUCUGGCACGGUGUGGUCCAGGAGCAAUUUCUUACCCGGGGAAUACAACAUCCUAACGAUAAAAGCCACUGAUGGUGGAAGCCCAGCCAAGUCCUCAACUGCCCGGCUUCAUAUCGAAUGGGUUCCUAAGCCAGCCCCUUCCUCAGAGCCAUUAGCUUUUGAUGAGCCCCACUUUAACUUCGCUGUGAUGGAAACAGACCCUGUGACUCACAUGGUGGGGAUAAUCAGCACAGAUAUCUCACAGAGCCUGCUCUGGUUCGAUAUUACAGGUGGUGACAGCGAGCAGGAGUUUGACAUUGAGAAAAACAGUGGGAGCAUUGUUAUUGCCAGACCCCUGAAUGCAGGAAGGAGGUCAAACUACAAUCUGACUGUGAGAGCUACAGAUGGAACCAAAACUAUUAAAACCCAGGCGUAUAUUCGUGUAGUGGACAUCAAUGAGCACCGCCCCCAGUUCCUUAAGAGCCAAUGCGAGGUGAGGGUUCCGGAAGACACACCCUCUUGGAAGGAGAUCCUCCAGAUGAGUGCGACAGAUGCGGAUGGGAGCAACAGGCUGGUCUACACCAUACACAGCAGUGUGGAUCCAUCCAGCCUCAAGCACUUUCAGCUGAAUCCCAGCAGUGGAACCCUGUUUACCACAGCAACACUGGACUAUGAGACCCUGUCUAUUCACACUCUUAUAGUGAUGGUGAGAGACCAGGAGGUCCCCAUUAAAAGGAACUUUGUGAAGGUUAUUGUGUACGUAGAAGACUGCAAUGACCACCCUCCUAGCUUCAUGAGCUCUCGGUAUGAAGGGAGUGUGCUCAAUUUAGCUGCUGUUGGUACAGAAGUUGUACAAGUUAAGGCUAUGGAUAAGGACAAAGGAAACAAUGCAGAAAUGAUCUACACUUUUCACUCAGGAAAUACAGAGGGUGCUUUCAGCAUUGACGCAGAAUCUGGAAAAAUAACUGUAGCUAAGCUACUAGAUCAACUCUCACAAGAACGUUACCACCUUACAGUGAAGGCAACCGACCAGGGGUUUCCUCAACUUAGUGACCUCACCACUGUUAACAUUCAGGUUAAACUCUCAGACUACACACCUCCCAAGUUCUCAAUGAGGGAAUAUUUUGCAGAAAUCAGUGAAGCCGCCAAUAUUGGAUCACCUGUUAUCACACUGUCAGCCACCAGCCCUACAACAGUCAGUUAUGAAAUUAAAGACGGAAACCCCAAUGGGACUUUUCAGGUCAACUACUAUUCCGGUGUCCUCACUAUCCAAAAGUCUCUGGAUUUUGAGAAUGCCUUUUCUUAUCAGCUCCGCAUAAGAGCGGCCAACCUUGCAGGAUCCUUUGCAGAGGCUGUUGUUUUUGUGUACGUUAUUGAUGAGAAUGAUAAUGCACCUGCUUUUCUCCAGUCCGAGUUUACAGGUCAAAUCAGUGAGUCCGUUCACUUGAAUAGCAUGGUGAUGGGUAACAAAAACACGCCGCUGGUCAUUAAAGCUACUGAUGCAGACAAGGAAUCUAGUGCUCUGCUGGUCUAUAAGAUCCUUGAACCAGAGGCACAGAAGUAUUUUAGAAUAGAACCCAGCAUGGGGACCCUUGCUACUGUAGCCAGUAUUGACUUUGAAGUGAUUCCAGUGUUUCAUUUCACUGUGCAAGUUCAUGAUUCUGGGACACCCUCAUUGUAUGCAGACAAACCGACGCGGGUCACUGUCCAUGUCCUUAAUGUUAACGACUGUCCUCCCAAAUUUGCAGAACACCUUUAUGAAUCAUCUCUCCAUCUACCCGCUUUCUUUGGAAUAGAAGUUGUAAAAGUAGCAGCAGUAGAUGUAGAUUCAGAUGUGACUUACAGUAUCAUUGAAGGCAAUCUGCACAGCGCCUUCACUAUAAAUCCAACCACUGGCCUCAUCUCAGUAAACAACGCUUCCAACCUCAGACCAAACUAUCAGCUGAUGGUCAAGGCUUCUGACGGCUUGUACAAAGACACAGCCCUUGUUAAGAUUAAUUUCACCGAUAUCACAGCAAGCGGUCUUGGGUUUGAACAAAAAGCCUACACAGCCUCUGUUUUGGAGAACAGCACAGCGAUUCAAACUUUAGCUGUAGUCAGAGCAUCAGGAAAUUAUCUGAAUGAACCCCUGUUCUACUCAAUAUUAAACUCUGCUGGAUGGUUCCGGAUAGUCCAGACUUCUGGGGUUCUACAGACAACAGGAGUUCCAUUUGACAGGGAGCAGAAAGAUUUGUAUGAUGUGGUUGUUCAAGUGAGGGACACCAGAAAACCUGCAAGAGUAGCACACACCCAUGUGAAAGUUUACAUAGAGGACAUCAAUGACAACGCACCAGAAUUUGUGAAUUUACCUUACUCCAUGGCUAUCCAGGAAGAUGCAGAACCAGGUGAUGUACUCUUCCAAGUCACAUCAGUCGACAAAGACCUAGGGGACAAUAAGGCAGUUGUUUAUUCACUAGCUGAUGACUUUGCAUUCUUCAGGAUUGACCCUUACCUUGGGGAUGUAUCUCUUCGGAGGCCAUUUGACUUUGAGACCUUGAAUGCAUAUGAGCUUACAGUGAUAGCUGCGGAUAGAGGUGAACCUCCACUGAUCUCUGAGGCAGAGCUUGUUAUAACUGUGCGGAACAAGUCCAAUCCAAUAUUCCAGAGUCUUCAUUAUGGUUUGAAAGUACCCGAAAAUAUCUCACCUUACACCACUCUUUUGCACAUCCAGGCAAGGAAUCCAGAAGGGUUCCGAGUGAUUUACAAUCUGGUUGAAGAAAAUGCAUCAAGAACCUUUAACAUAGACUUUAAGAGUGGCAUUCUCAGCGUCACAGACUUCUUGGACUAUGAGACUCAGACCCAGCAUGUCUUGACAGUAAGGGCAACAGAUGCCGUGAUGGGAACCUUCUCAGAGGCCACAGUAGAGAUAGAAGUAGAAGAUAUCAACGAUAAUCCUCCACUGUUUCAGAAGAUGGUCUACACUGCUGAAAUAUUUGAAGGAUCGCCUAUUGGGACUUCUGUCUUACAGGUACAUGCUUCAGAUAAAGACUCUGGAAGAAAUAAAGCUGUUACUUAUGAAAUAAACAGCUCGGAAUUCUUUGAUAUAGAUGCUCUUAGCGGCCAGAUUGUGACAACACAGGAGCUAGAUUAUGAGACCACCCACCAGUUCCAUUUGAAAGUCAAAGCCUUGGAUAACGGUGUGCCUCCAAUGGCCAGUGAAGCUUUGGUUAUUGUGAACGUUUCUGAUGAGAAUGAUAACCCUCCUGAAUUCACCCAGCCUCAGUACAAAGCUACACUCAGUGAAAUGGCUACUUGUGGCCAAAUUGUCAUCAAGGUCCAGGCCUCAGAUCCAGAUGCUGUAGAUGCCAACAACCUGGAGUAUGUUAUAUUUUCCGGUAAUGAUGACAGGCAUUUUGCAAUAAAUAAGACCUCUGGAAUAAUCUCUUUUUCCAAUGUGUGCAAGAGAAGCCUGGAUCCGUUCUACAACCUCACAAUCUCUGUUUCAGAUGGGGUGUUUAAGAAAUCUGCUCCAGUAAACAUAGACAUGAUGACAGCUAACAAGCACAGUCCAUACUUUGACCAAAGUAUAUAUGAGGCUGAGUUGGCUGAGAAUGCUGAGGUGGGGACCCAGGUUAUUAGGCUUGCUGCCAUAGACCCCGAUGCUGGGCCUUAUGGCAGUGUUGAUUACACAAUCAUCAACAUGUUUGCUGAAGAAAAGUUUUCAAUAGACAGCAAAGGUCAGAUAGUGACAUCCCAUGCUCUGGACAGGGAAAAUCUUACAGAGAGGGUCAUUGCAAUUAAGGUUAUGGCAAAGGAUGGAGGUGGGAAAGUAGCUUUUUGCACUGUUAAAAUUAUACUGACUGAUGAGAAUGACAACGCACCCCAGUUUAAAGCCUCAGAGUAUCACGUCUCCAUUCAGUCAAAUGUAAGCAAGGGCUCGCCAAUCAUUCAGAUAAUGGCUUAUGAUGCAGAUGAAGGCACGAAUGCAGAUGUCACUUACUUUGUUGAUGAAGCAGAGGAAGUUACAGAAGAGGUUAUUGAAAUCAAUCCUUUCACUGGGGUAGUUACUACCAAGGAAAGUCUUGUCGGUCUAGAAAACAAGAUCUUUAAUUUCAAGGUGAAAGCUCAAGAUGGGGGAUCUCCUCAUUAUCACGCCAGCGUGCCAGUUCAAGUCCAGGUUGUCCCUUCAGAGGUUCCUCUGCCACGGUUCUCUGAGCCUUUGUACACAUUCUCAGCAGCUGAAGAUCUCCCCACUGGCUCAGAGAUAGGGUCAGUGAGGGCUGAUGCUAACGAGCCAGUGAUUUACAGCUUGGUGGAAGGGAACACUGUGGAAAGCAAUAAAGAGAGGGUCUUUGCCCUGGACAAAGAAAGCGGAGCUCUACUGAUCCAGAAGAACAUUGACCAUGAGAAGACCAAGUGGUAUCAAAUUGAUGUGAUGGCCAACUGCAACAAUAAUGGCACUGACGUAGCUUCCCUGGUGUCGGUGAGUAUCCAAAUUCAAGAUGUCAAUGACAACCAACCCAUGUUUGAAGCUAACCCCUACAAGGCCUUCCUGGUGGAGAACAUGCCCGCUGGAACCACCGUCAUUAAGGUCACUGCCAAUGACCCUGACACUGAAACCAAUGGAGAGGUGACGUACAGGCUGGAACCUGAAACUGACAACGUCAGCGAGGUGUUCACCAUCGACAGCGAGAGUGGGUGGAUCACCUCUUUGAAAGAAACUGACUGCGAGUCGAGGGAGCUCUACAGGUUCUAUGUGGUUGCCACAGACCAUGGUGGGAAGGUGAAGCUGUCCUCCUCAACUCUGGUGGAAAUUUCCAUCACUGACGAGAAUGAUAACCCUCCACAGUUUACUGAAGACGUCUACAAGGGAGCUGUGGUUGAAAACAGCCAGCCUGGUCACGUCAUUACUGCACUGAGCACGAGGGAUGCAGAUGUGUCAGAGGACAACAGGCAGAUGACCUGUUACAUUACAGGUGAGCCAAAUUAUAUGGUCCAUAUAUCCCACAUGGCCAGUUUGGUAUAAUAGGCAUACUAAUAU